AUGGCUCGCCCUAGCGUUUCCAAGCUUGCCCGUGUGGCUUGGCGUGAGCUGCAAACACCUCGUGCCCCAAGCAUUAUCUUGCCCAGAGUCUUCGUCGCUCCUGUGCUCUCGCCUCCUCUGCGCAGACAUCCAGCUCCCGCUGCGGCUCGUCGGCACAUUUCCAGCAGCUCUGACCGGAAGGGUAUCACCCCCGAUGACAAACCCCGCGAGAAUGUCGUGACCCCCAAGGUCCCCAAGACCCCGGCAAACAUCACAGAUGCCGAAUACCACACCAUUGCCGACGAGUAUCUUGAUAGACUUCUUUCGCGCCUGGAAGAAAUCCAGGAUGAGCGGGAGGAGGUAGACGUCGAGUAUUCGUCCGGUGUUAUGACGGUCACAUUCGGACAAGAUGUCGGUACUUAUGUCAUCAACAAACAGCCGCCCAACAAGCAAAUAUGGCUGUCGUCCCCGAAAUCGGGUCCGAAGCGCUACGACUAUGUCAUUGUAGGCGAGGGACAAAACGACAAGCAGGACACGGCGACUGGAGCCUGGGUAUACCUGCGGGAUGGGUCGACUCUGGAUGAACUCCUAGACAAAGAGUUGGGAAUUGAUCUCGACUCGUCCACCAACCGCUGA